UUUCGGGUGAGAGGGGCAAUUCCGUAAAGCAAAAGUCAGUUUCAUCCAAUUUCCUACCAAAACUGGAUGUAAAAAAUUUGACAAAAAGGUUACAUUUCAAAAUCCGCCAUGAAAGUAGCUCCUCCAAAUUUCUCAGCAGAACCCUAAACAAACAAAAGGGACACCCACCGCAGCCACAGUCUUCCAUGCCCAACCUCUACAACCACCACACUCUCCUCCCACUCAGACCCACUUCAUUUCAGCUGACGAAAUGGGCUCUCUCAUCCCAAUUAUAGACCUCAACAACCUCCCUGAAUCCCCCGCCGGCUCCACCCCAAACACCGCCAACUCCGCCGUAGCCUUGAAAGUCCCCAAAAUCGAACCAAAGCUCGAACCUUUCGACGAACCACUCGAUACCCACCUGCCACAACUGCCCCAGCUGCCUCCAGAACCCUUCAUUCCCACACCUACUCCCAACUCUCUCACUAAUUCCCAAAUUACCCCAUUCUCCGACCUGAACCACACCCCUGUAUCUGAAUCCUCCGCCGCACCUUCCGACCAGGAGAAUGUGUACUCGGAGUUCCAUCGAAUUUCCGAGCUUUUCCGGACAGCUUUUGCUAAAGGGCUCCAGAGUAUGGCCGACGGCGAGGUCGAAGUUUUGGACCCGGAUGCGCGAGCAAUUGUGCCGGUUCCUCAAGAAACCCAGCUAUCAGAGGCCGUCGUUGCGCGGCGGAAAUACCCCAAGCGGUCCUCCGAGCUCGUCCGGGUCACCGAUCUCAACAUCGAGGACCAGAGGUACUUCCGUGACGUGGUGAGGAAAACCCGAAUGCUAUAUGACUCGAUUCGAAUACUAUCAGUGGCAGCGGAGGAGAAGCGGAACCCGGGAAACGGGAAGCGAGUCCGAGGCGACUUGCAGGCCGCCACGGCGCUCAGGGAUCGUGGGCUGUGGCUCAAUCGCGAUAAAAGGAUCGUGGGUUCGAUUCCCGGGGUCUACGUUGGCGAUCUCUUUUUUUUCCGCAUGGAGUUGUGUGUGGUUGGUUUACAUGGCCAAGUCCAAGCUGGGAUUGACUAUCUUCCGGCGAGCCAGAGCUCGAAUCAUGAGCCAAUUGCAACCAGCAUUAUCGUUUCGGGUGGCUAUGAGGAUGACGAGGAUGCCGGCGAUGUGAUUAUCUACACCGGUCAUGGAGGACAGGACAAGUUUAAUAAGCAAUGUGCUCACCAGAAGCUGGAAGGUGGGAAUUUGGCAUUGGAGAGGAGCAUGCAUUAUGGGAUUGAAGUGAGAGUUAUCCGAGGAGUCAAAUGCCAAGGUGGUAUUUCGCAGAAGGUUUAUGUUUAUGAUGGCUUGUAUAGAAUAUUUGAUUGUUGGUUUGAUGUGGGCAAGUCGGGGUUUGGUGUUUAUAAGUUUAAACUUCUGAGAAUAGAAGGGCAAGGUGAGAUGGGUAGCGCUAUUCUUAAGUUUGCGGCUAGUCUGAGGACUAACCCCUUGUCUGUGAGGCAGUCAGGUUAUCUCAGUCUGGAUAUUUCUAAUAAGAAGGAGAAUGUUCCAGUUUUGCUUUUCAAUGACAUUGAUUCUGAUCAGGACCCCAUUUACUAUGAGUAUCUUGCGACAACUGUGUUUCCAACACAAGUGUUUCAUCAGUCUGGGAAGGGAACCGGGUGUGAUUGUAUUGACAGUUGUUUUGGUAAUUGCUUUUGUGCUAUGAAAAAUGGAGGCGAGUUUGCUUAUGAUGACAAUGGGUGUCUUUUGAGAGGGAAGCCUGUGGUUUUUGAGUGUGGGCCCUUCUGCCAUUGUCCCCCAAAUUGCCGGAAUCGUGUCACGCAAAAAGGUAUGAGAAAUAGACUGGAAGUGUUUAGGUCAAGGGAAACAGGUUGGGGAGUUAGGUCAUUGAACUUGAUACAUGCUGGUGCCUUUAUAUGUGAGUAUACAGGGGUUAUUCUCACUAGGGAAAUGGCUCAAAUAUUUGCAAUGAAUGGUGAUACCUUGGUUUAUCCACAUCGGUUUUCUGAUAGAUGGACUGAAUGGGGAGAUUUAUCUCAGAUAGAUCCCGGUUAUGUACGUCCAACUUAUCCUUCGAUCCCACCAUUGGAUUUUGCAAUGGAUGUAUCCAAAAUGAGAAAUGUUGCUUGUUAUAUGAGCCACAGUUCCACUCCGAAUGUUAUGGUGCAGUUUGUACUGUAUGAUCACAAUAAUGUGAUGUUUCCUCAUCUCAUGCUAUUUGCAAUGGAGAACAUCCCUCCUAUGAGGGAGUUGAGCCUUGAUUAUGGGGUGGCUACUGUGUCUGAGGCUGAUGAAUGGACAGGGAAACUUGCUAUCUGUAACUAAUUUUGAUGGGUUGAUGAUAUUUAAAUCAUGCAGACAGUUACAGGAGUAAGACAUACUGAGGUGGCAUUCAGACUACAUUGUUGUGGUAUCUGGCUUCCUAAUUUUCUGGUCCAUGAAUGUUUCUUCACAAGUAGAUGCCGAAAGUGUAAAUUUUUCAAUCAGAUUAUCCAAAAGCAUUGACAUGGCUCAUGUACAUGGCAAUUGAAGUCGCGAGCUGUUGAAAAAAAGAAGUGAAAACUCGCUGACCGAGCCACCACCAUAUGCUGCUGUGAUGAUUUGCUGACAUUUUAGGCAUUUGCCUGUUUCGCGGACAUUUCGGACCAAGUCUUCAUACACGCAACUGAUAGUAGGCAUCUUUAGGUUCGGUAAGUUUGUAAGCACAAAUGUACUAAUCUUCUGUACUUGUAGCGUUGUAUAUGUUAUCACAGACCGAAAUAGCUAAACUUUGUACAGAAUUGUAUAAUUAGUGCCUACAUGUAUCACGUAUGUUUGGAUA